UUUUUCGAAGUAGUAGAUGGUAGAAGAUGAAAAAGGUAAAAUCGUUUACAGCGAAUUCCUCCGCAGUUUGGCUUGUAUAUUUGGCACUUUAAUUAAAUAAAGUGAUAGUAGUGGAAUAAAUAAUUAAUGUUCAAAUGAUUGUAUGAUAAAGCUGUGAAAUUAACGUCUUUACUAUACGUACAGAAUGUGAAUAUAUAUAACAGUGAGCAUUUAAACAUAUAAUAAUAUAACUAUCCAUGUGCAUACAGUAUGCGUAAAAAUCACGUGAUUGUACUUAAACGUAAAGAAAAAAUCAAUCAAACCCCAAAACAAUAAUGAAUCAAAAAUAUGACUUUUGUAAAGGGUCUUAUAUUGAAAUAGAAUAAAGCCAGAUUAUGAGGUACCCGAGUACAAGCUUAAUUAGAGUUAAUUACCCGACCCGUGAAUGUUGACGAUAAACACUUAUGUACAAAAUUCCUAGCACUUAUUACUUAGAAGCCUUAAAAUGCUGAGUCAAUUACGGUUUUAUUGAAUUCGUUUAAUCUUUGAAAUCUCAAUUAUUGAUGAGCCAUGCAAUCUUCUCCUGAUUGCAAUGGUACCAAAAGUAACAACAACGGUGUCACGACCACCACAAUCAUGCAAAGCAAUAUAACGAAUGCUGGCAGUUGCGACGAACUUUUAUCACAUGAUGCCACGUCAGCCGGGAGCUACACGCCAACCGUUUUGCUGACCCCAGUGGCAAUGUUGGAGCAAACGAGUGUGCUGCGCCACCGUUUGCAAGUUGGCGUCGGUGUAGGUCAUAGCAUCGGGACCUCGGUAAUGAACUACGGUUGCCCGGCUACUGUAGGAACUACCACAAACAAGGUUGGAAGUUUUACUUCACAUCCCAUUGAUAUGGUUGAAUAUCUUGGUAGUAACACAGAGCGUAUGUCUGUUACACCGUCUCCUUCACCACAAGCAUCGCCGUCAAAGAGAAUAGAGAAAAACUCUUUCGUCAUAUCAACAAAUUCAACGUCGAAUACCACUUCUACCAUUUCUAGCUCAAGUUCCAGCAGUAAUUCAAGUUCUAAUUCGACUAUAUCGUCUGUGAUCGCAACACCAAUUAGUAUUAAGCAAGAAAUGGCUCGACGACAAACACUGGUUGUGGAAAGCUGUGUCGAUGGCUUUAAUAUUCACGCUGGUGCUACGUUCCCGACAUCAGGAGAUAUAUUAGCUUUAAAUGGCAAAGAAUGUGCCGAACACCGAGAUGUACUCCCUAUUAGAGGGCUUCAACCACACACUGCAAACGAGGAACAUUUAGGAUUAUACACACCAACAACACCAUCGACACCGCGGUCGCCACUGUCAUCGCCAUCAUCGCUGUCAUCAUCAACAAACUCGUUAGCACCUAGUCUGAAUUCGGAAAGCACAUCGAUCGUGCAGUCAUCGAAAAGUUCAUUAAACCUAAAGUCGCUCGCAACAACGAAAUCACCCGCAUUCAAUUCUACUAAGCAACUACAGAAAUGGCAGGAUAUGCCAAAAUAUUUGCAGUUCAAUCCAUAUGUGCUGAACGGCUACCGACCCCUGACAACAUUCCGUGGCUGUCUGUGGAGCUUGUUCUCCUGGCACAAUGAAACCGUUAAUAUACUCACUCAUGCCAUUCCGAUUUUCUACAUUUUGGCAAUUGUACCGGGUCUUAUGCCAUGGGAGCAGGAAUACCGCUUUUUAUCAUUUUGCCAUCUUUUCGGUUCGGUAGCUCCAUGGUGCGGAAGCUUUAUAUAUCAUCUGUUCAUGAAUAUUGAAAGUGGAGAGCACGUCUACUACACUUUGCUGAAAUUGGAUAUGGUCGGUAUAUGGGUCAGCCAAAGUUUUGGUGCUUUGCCGCUCGUCACAGCAACCACGUUUUGUUUUAGUCCUUUUUGGAAAUGGUUUAUCAUAUUAUCCUACUGUUUACUGUCGCUUUGGGGUCUUUAUAAAGCACUAACGGCAAGUUCCCCUUGGCAACGUCGCCUUUGCUUCGCUCUGCCCUUCACUAUGCGUUCAAUAUUGACACUAUUUCGAACUAUGGAUGUAUGGGUUGGAGGAAGCCGGAUAGCACUUUCUCACGUUUACCUCCAGUUAGAAGCAGAUGGUGUGUCUAUAUUGGGUGGUGCUAUAGGCGCUUUGCGUAUACCGGAGAAGUGGUUUCCUGGCGUUGUGGAUUUCUAUUUAAAUUCCCAUAAUAUUAUGCAUGUGCUGGUGGUAGUUGCGGUGUACUCAAUGCAUAAAGCAACAGUAAAAGACUUUGAAUGGAUGUCGGCCACGAAUUGCAAUGCUCCUGCAAAUAACACCGCCAUACUAAUGGAUACUUUUACCUCAAAUGUGGAACUAUGACCUCUUAAAUACCACAUAUUAUACAGUUAUUUGUUUCAGUACAACUAUAAAUAUACUAAUAUAAAAAGGCUCUGAAUACUAAUGUGUUUAACAAAUUUCCAUCGAUGCAGCAUGUGGUAUUUGUUAAAAAUUAUUCAGUUAUACAGUAACCGCCAAAAAUUAAGCCACAAAUAAGUAUGUAUAGGCUGUAAAUGUAAAGUUAAAAAAGUAGAAAAUUAUUAUUCUUCCAUAUUUUUUACGCAUUUCAAUAAGAAUUUGUAAUUGGAGUAAACGCGGAAUAUGGACACCUUCUUUUCUAUUAAAAAAUAUCAUCGUUGUUAUAUUUAUAUUAUCAUUAUUAUUAUAUAUUAAAUCUUCUUUGAUACAUAUACAUUCAUGAGCAAAGAGUUUGCAGGAGUUUUGGACUAUUUCUCAUAUAAAUAUAUAGUAUUAUGAGUAAUAUGUAUUAAAAUAAGAGAAAACGUUAACUUUGGUUUCCAACAAGGGCUUGAGUUCGAUCGGACAUUUUGUAUGACAGCUAUAUGUUAUAUUGAUCCGAUUUGAACAAAUUUCCAGAUAUAAGAUAACUUGUCAAAUGAAAAAAGACCUUUUCAUACAAGCACUUGAUUCCGGAAGUUCAGUUUAUAUGACAGCUAUAUGCUAUAGUGGGGGGAUACCGACGGUUCCAACAAAUGUGCAGCGUCUUGGUGAGAAAAGGACGUGUGCAAAAUUCUAAUCGAUAUCUCAAGAACUGAGCCGAUUAGUUCACAUGUAUACAGAUGGACAUGACUAAAUUAACCGGGCUCGUAUCGCUGAUCAAUUAUAAACACACAUAUGUAUGUACAUAUAAGUAUGUAUACUUUAUAGGCAAAUCAACUAAUAUACUCUGUUCAAGGUAUGAUAAUGUGACAAAUAUAGUUGAUAGUAAGUAUCAAAGGAGCACCAAUAUCGCUUAUAAUAAUAUGUGUACACGUAGUGAAUCUCAAAAAAACAAUGCUUGUAAGUCUAGGUCGAAUGUCCAGUCCGCUCAAAAAAAUGUCGUUUGAGGAAGGCAGCAAACUAAUUUGGUGUAUUUAUACGAAACGAAGUUUGCCCAACUGACAUUAUGCUGUCAUACGCUGAAGAGGAAAUGCACAUAAAGCGAAAAUCCAACACGUUAAUGAUCCCAAACAAACUUCUAAGUAUGCAUGAAAUACCGGAAUAUUUCUAAUGUGCAUUCUCACAAUGCAUAUUCCAAGGAGGAGCAUUUUCCUCACUGUUCUUAUUUUCUUAGAAAGUAGUAUGAUAAGUUUCAUACUUUAGAUCUGUACCGGGAACCUGUAAGGCUGUGGGCUAAACAAUUCAUUGUACGCCCAUAUUUCGAUUUUGGCUUUGAAGGCGAUGUUUUUUUUAUUAUUUUAUAAGGAUUCAAUUAUAUAAGAUUGUAUCUAUAGCCCAAAUACAAAAGAUUGUCAGAAGCGUUUUAGCUCAUAAUAUAAAAAUCAUUCGUUUUAUUCUGUUUUUAUGAUUCAAAAAUAAAUGGUUCGAACGUCCAGCCAAUGAAAAUAUGUUUUUGAGCGAUAACUGAAUUCGAAUAGAUUGUUAUCACAAAGUGUAUUCAACAAAGGGAAAUACAUAAGUGUGGUAUUUGACCUACGCUUUUUUGACAAUAAAAUUGAAACAAAUCAUGUAUUUGUUUAUAUUAAGACGUAUUUUGCUCUUUUGUUUUGAUCUUGAAAAAUAUGAAGCCACUUGCUUUACAUUCAUACAUAUGUACAUAUACAUAUGUACAAAUGUAAUAGAAAUAGCAUCCUGCGUGGCAUGUACGAGGUGUGUUCAAAAAGUAUCGCGAAUUUUGUGUUUUUUCAAAAAUUAUUUAUUUAUUCAUGAAUAUCUAUUUUGUCCCCUUCAAAGUAAUCCCCAUGACAUAUUAUACACUUGUGCCAACGGUUUUUCCAAUCUUCGAAGCACUUCAAAAAAUCAUUUUUUUUAUCUUCUUCAGCUCCUCCUUCGAUGCCGUCUUUAUCUCGUCAAGAGAAGCGUAACGUCGUCCUUUCAUGGGCCUCUUCAGUUUAGGGAACAAGAAAAAGUCACAGGGGGCCAGAUCUGGGGAAUACGGUGGCUGCGGCAUCAUUAGUGUGUUGUUUUUGGCCAAAAAGUCGCCAACAACCAACGAUGUGUGAGCAGGGGCGUUAUCGUGGUGAAAAAGCCAAAUUUUGUUCUUUCACAAAUCCGGGCGUUUCUGGCAGAUUGCUUCGCGCAAAUUGCGCAUAACUUGCAGGUAAUAUUCCUUAUUGACCGUUCUUCCCUGUGGCAAGAACUCAUGACGCACCACGCCCCUGCAAUCGAAGAAAACUGUGAAAACUUUCUUCGCGAUACUUUUUGAACACACCUCGUAUAGCUUCCAACUAGCGGAAGAUUAUAGCGCAAACAAGUUGAGGUAUGGUAAAAGCGUAAAAUUUCUUUUUAAGAAAAGAUGAGGCUAUUUUACUUGUUUCCUUCAAGAGUGGUAAGUAAUUUUAAUGAAGUUACUGCAUCGGGUCUUAGUUGUCUUAAUUUAAAGAGGUCAUUCUUUCAUUUCAGUUGGAGCAGAAAACAUUGGUAAGUUGCUUCCAUGAGUUGUUGUUGGGUACAAGCAGCAAGUACUCAGCGUUUUCUUUUAUUUACUUAAAAAAUUAUGUUUUUCGUUUUGCCUUGUGUUUGCUUUUGAAUUUCAAAAUUGUAAGGGUUGAAUCAAUGACAACAUAUGUACAUAUCAAAUAAGCGAAAUGUAAGGAAUAUAAAAUAUCAGAUACUUAUUUCACUUUGUUGAAUAUACUUUGGUUAAUAACACAAAAUAUUCAAAAUGUAAACAUGAAAUGCACGAGAAAAACAACAAAAAACUUUGUAGGACAUUGUGGGCCAAACAAUUGUUUCCUAAAAAGAAGUAGGGUCCGCGUAGUUGUUGUUGAAGUUACAUUGAAUAAUUUUAGCAAUUAACUCUGUUAACAAUUUGUUUUUAAUAUGUCAUUAAUCAAUGCUAAAUUUGUAUGUAAACAAAAACUAGUUCAAAGGCAUAUAAUAUAAACAUGUACAUAUUUUAUUCGUCAUACAAUAUCCAUUUCUCACUCAUAAAAAUAUUUUAAUGUAACUCGUAUGUGAAUUAAAGAGCAACAAAAAUUAAAAAUAUACACACAUUGAAGAAUAUUUUAUCAUCGCACUUAUAAGACAGAGAUUUUAAUUCACAAAAGUAUAUACGAAUGUACCUCAAAUAUUGUAUCUAAUAAGUAAACAUAAAGUUGUUACUUAUGGAGUACGAAUGACCGCUAAUAAACAAACGAAAAAGUGCAAUAAUUCUUGAAAUCGCAUAAAUGCUAAUGACGAAACAUGCAUUUGUGUUUAUGGAUUUUUCGACAUUCAUUUGAAACUUACUCUGCAACUGUGGUAUUACAUUUUAAGGAAAUAACUACCAAAAUUUAUUGUAGAUACAUAUGUAUAUAUUAAUUUUCCAAAGCAGCAAUAAAUAAAAUAUAAAAUAUAAAAAAACAUACCAUAUUUCGAAAAACAUAAUAACAGAACAAAUAUGUAUGUAUGUAUAAUAGAAAAACAAAAAUAUUCUGGGCUUGAUUCACCUCACGUAAAAUAGUUUUCAUCAGAAAAUUUUAUGUAAUUCGGAUUAUUUUCAGAUCUAUAUUCAUUAUUUACAAAUAAUAUUGAUUAGUUUCCUGACUGGAAAAGUUCUCCGUCCAGCUCCAUGAUACUUAUGUAUUUUCUAAUAAAUUAUAAAAUAAUUUGAUACACUAAUCUUUUCCAUAUACGAGUAUAAUUAAAAUUACGUGUUAUGUUGCAAAAUAAUUUCGGUAUAACUACAUAUUUCUUACUUAUUUAACAAACAUAUGUAUGUAAGCAUUUACAUAAUGUACUUUCCGAAUUUGCGAAAUUUGUACAAUAUUCUCCAAUUCCUCAAAAAAGUAACAUUAUACCUUAAUGACGUAGCCUCUCAAAAUCGGUGCCCAGAUUGGUCUCCGGAAUAUUAGUAUUUAAUAUGGAAAUAAACAGUUACAAAUUACUAUGUAUCUUCUAAAAUACAUAUGCAUAUGUAAAUUUACCUUUAAGUAUUAAAAUGUUUAAAAUUUUAGAUUGUAAAGCAUAAAAUAUGUUAAAAUGCAUAUUGCAUGAUUUGAAUUUCUCUGUCUAGAAUAACAUAUAUUUUGUUCCGUUGCACCUUACGGAAAUUUAAAUACUUAUGCUUUAUAAAAUUGUGUAAGGAUUUAUGAGUAACGACCAUUACGAAAUAGAGAGACACGAUUAAUUCAUUCAUUAACAAUGUAUGCUAUCAUGAUUUAAUUCUAAAUAUCUUAUAUUGUUUUAUUAGAGUAAUGAAACGCUUGCGAUUGUUACUGCUAUUCGUAUCUAUAAUGCGAGUAAUCCAAAACGACUGCGUUGACGAAAAUUUGCCAGCCUUUGCUCAGCAGUAAUUAUUAACUAUUGUUCAUAGCUAUUCAAAUUAUACAAAUGCUAGUAUGUAUUGUCAUAGAAAUCGCAAUGAAUUGGUUGAUUGAAUAAUAAAUAGUUCCAAUUAUGGAUGAUAUAAUGAUGUACGUAAAUUGUUGCAGGCAAACGGUUAGAGCUUUGAAUAUCCACUCGGUCUGAUUCAGCGUUGUUAGACUAUUGGAAAGGUAUGAAUUAAUUUAAUAAUUAAUUAAAUAGCUGUUCGAGUUCCUACUUUAUAUGUGGUGUUGUUUGUAUAGCUCAGCUCUUUACUGCAACGUCAAAUAUUUUGCUUAAAUUUAAAUCCUAUAAAACAGAUAUACAUAAGUAUGUAUGUAUAAAGGUAAAAUAAUUUACUUUCUUUAAUCUGAAGAGAGGGGCGUAGUUGAAUCUUCAAGGGUUAACAACAGUUUAUCUUGUAGGUAAUUAAAAUAUCUAUAAUUUUGCUAAAGUGAAAAUGAUUCGAGGAAAUUUGGUGUAAAUUUACCUUGUUAUGUCCCAAAUACACUAUAUUUUUCUUUAUUUAAAAUAUUUAGGAAAAAACCAUAUUUUGAGUUAAGGGGCACACCUAGAGUGACAACGAGAAUUUUGGUGAAUUAAAAAAAAAAUGAUUAUAUUGAUUAUUUUGAAAAUUUCAGGGCAUAUUUAUGCAUGUUUCAAGAAUACACAGUAUACUUUUUGACGCCGCUAAUAAAAUAAAGUCCUCCACUGUUGCAGUGAUUUCGGCCUUUCCCCUGGAUGACACUUGGAAAUAAAAUUUUUCGUUGAACUAUUCAAACAAAAAAUGGCGACAUGUAAACAAACAAAAGUUGAAUUUUAUCUCAAGUUUUGGUCCUUUUGGCCUGCCGCAAUUCGAUUUUUGUUUCUCACACGAAUGUAAAAAAUACCUUACCAAACGAUUAAAAAUUGCCCUUUAAUAGGUAAUGUACAAAAACGUCAAUAGCCAAAUAACCAAAGGACAAAUCCUUUAAGAGCCCCUACCGACAGUGGGAAAAUGGAUGAAGUUGGAUUAGAACCCAGUCUCAGUAGGUUACAGUCUGGGAAUGAGCGAAAUCAAAACGCAAGCACGCCUACGUCUCUUUCAAUGCAACAUAAAAUUUAAUCGGAUUCUUUCAUUUUCCAAUAAACAUAGCAAGCAUAAAUCUAUGAACGAAUAGUACAGUAGGUUACAGUCUUAUGUUAAAAAAUUGUCCAAUCGGACCAAGCCCAUACCGAAUAUGCGGGCCAAGUACUAAUGCGAAUCUUUUAUUGAAAAUAUCGGUCAAUUUUGGAGAUAAAUUAUAGAGAUUAGAAGAUAAUCCUUUUCGGAUAAUAGAUAAUAAAAAUGGAUCAAUAAUUUCCGUUGUCCCCAUAUACCCAAUGAAAAGUUUUUCGUACUUCCGGCAGAUUUUAUACCGGAUAUAUCGGUCAAUAUGUGAGUUAUCUUAAUGAAAUUGAAAAACGUGUACUUCAAAUUGAUAAAAUCAGAUGAAUACUUGCUCUAGUCCCCAUAUAAUUAAUAUCGGAAUUUUCAAACAUUCGGUUGACUUUACUCCUUAAAUAUUUGUGAUGAUAAGUUAAUACCUUAAUUCAACUCAGAGUAGAUGCCCUACGAGUAUUACUGUUAAGGGGGGGUAAGGAUUUAAAGGCAAGGGAAAAAGGAUAUACAUUUGUUUAUUUUUUCGGCGACAUGAGGCAUAUUAGUAUUAGAAAAAAUUGUCAAUGAAAAAUAUGAAUAAAUUAGCGCAGAAGCGCCUUGAAAAAAGCGGAAGAUUUAACUCGUUACCGGAUCAUCUGAAACAAAAAAAAAUUGAUAUGCAAUAUGUUGUAGGAUAUCUAAACAAAAUUAACUGGACGUAUAUUAUAGGAUGUAUUUUGCCGAUAUUGAAAUUAUACAUAUUACAUUACACAUAAUAAUUUCCGUUAUACUAAUAAAUAUUAUUAUAUUAAUGGUUUAGCGCUGAACAUGAAUGGAGUUGGUCUAGACCAAAAAUGAAGGCUAAACGCUUUAAUUCGUGAAACCAAUUUAAUUCAUUAAUUUUUGGUGAUGACAUUUUAGUAAAAUAAAUACAAUAAUGUUGCGUGAAAAUAUUUGGAUCUUUUUUAAAUAAAUACAUUUAUCCAUUGAUAAUAUGAUCAAUUAAGGGUAUGGUUACAAAAUUGUGAUUGCGAAAGUUGUAUUUAUUUAAAUUUAUAAGCAAAAAAUAUAUUGAUUUUGAAAAAUUAAAUAUGCAGUGAGUUGCAAUAACGUUUGUACAAAUAAACAAUUAAAAACGAGUUUUUUCACUUUGAAAAUGUGAUAUGAAAAAAAAUAUGUAGGCGAAAUGAAUUUUUUAAUGAUAAAUAAUUCUUGGCCUAGAGCUUUGUUUUUAUCUUACACCUGAAAGUAUCUCCCCGUUUUAAUCCUUGCAAAUUACAAGAGUAUGAAAUGCUCGGUUACAUUCCAACUUAGCGAUUCCCAUGGGUUUCAGCCAAUUAUGAAAUUCUUUCUUUUUUAUCAUAUUCAAAGACUUCUGCACUAGCCUAUUUCAAAAGGUGUAGUUUGUUGGUCGCCCAAUCAGAGAAUGUAAAGACAGAGAGAAGGUGCAGGUUCGAUGUCGAACACUUUAUAAAAUUGAAGUACGAAAUUCAUCUUUACUUUAGAUUCACCUUGUCUUUACAUUCUCUGGCCCAAUAAUGGCAAAUUCUCUUUCGGUUUCACUCAUUCCGUUCGCACGAGCAAUACGAGUUCGAUAACUUGAGUCGAAUUUUUUUGCAUGUUAUUUCAUAUCACAUUCUCGAAUUCGUGUUUCGUGCGCGCGGGGAACAAAAAUAUUUUUAUUACCAAAUCUUGUCCUUCUCACCCUUUUCUAACACAUUAUUAUAUUAUGCAUAUUUGCUUUCCCCCGGUAAAUUUUCUUGACCAUUUCUUAAGCGUUUUUUAUAUGAAGUUUUUACAUUUCUUGAGAGCUGGAAACUACCCCUAACAUACAAAAAAUAGAUAUCAAAUUCCCGAGCAUGAUUUAAAUAUAUACAAUGUAUUAAAACCGUUUGGGAGACAAAAAACUCCUUUUCUGAUUAUGCACAUAAGUAGAUAGAUAAGAAAAUAUUCUUUUGGUUUGCUUGGCUUCGUUUGACACGUGUGUUCAAUGUAUGCUUUUGUCUGAGUUUGUUCACAUAAAAAGUCUUCGAAGCAAAGCCACUAAUAUAUAACACGUACUGCGUUUGCUUCGCUUCAACGUUAAAGAAUAAAUUGUCAAAUAAAGCGGGGAAAGUUGUUUAUAAAUCAGCCAUUAAAACAUUUCUAAAGGAUUCAAUACUCAAAGAGCCGUUGCUUCAAAUUUUCCUUUAUUCAUGCUAGAAAAGAUUUCUUUAAUACAUAAUAAAAGAAUAUCUACCCAUGCAACCCUGUGUUAUUUUCAAAAGAAAAUGUCCAAUUACGCAAAUAUCGCGAAAAUUUGGAGUAGGAAAAAUAAAAUUAUCCAAAUCACAUUGGCAGAUUUUUGUGUUGUCUAAUUUUAUCAAUUUUGACUUUUUUUUGUUUUUUUU